CCUCCCUAACCCUAGCUCCAAAACAGAUAAAAUAUACGACUUCAAUUCUCCCUCCGCCACCACCGUCAACAGAGACGACAAAGGAUACGAAGAAGAAGAUGAUGAACAAGUAAUCGGAGACCCUUUCAUUCAAAACGAAAUUCAGCUUGAAGCCCCCAAACCCUCCAAAAGGGUUACUAAAAUUGUGAUUCAACCGGAGGUUUUGGUUCCAGCGAACUGGAAAGACGUUAGACAGAGAUUAAUAUCAUGAAGAAAGAGAGGAGAAAGAUGGCCUAGGGAAUGGAAUUCGGGAGCAGAUUACAAAAGAGGAAAGACGGGUUAAAACCUAUAUCGAUGGGGUAUGAGAGUAUGAAAGAGUACAAAGCUACAAAACUAAGGGAAUUGAAACCAGUUGUGUUGAAUAAUCCUCAGUUUUUGUUGGACAAGAACGAAGGUGAUGGCAUCGAAGAUGAAAUUGACGAGGGCGAAGGUAGCAGCGGCAUUGGAGUAGCCCCUAGGAACCCUGAAAUGGUUGUGUAUGGCCGAAAUUUGGAGGAUAUUUUACGAUACUUUAACUCUGGCAUGUAUGAUCCUGAAGCUGCCAAAGAUCCAGAAGGUCCUCGUAAGUUGUUUUCAAAAGACGAGAAAGUCCUUAUGAAUAGGCGGACUCCUGAUUUGGCAACUGCUACCUCUGAUAAAUGGCAACCUUUACACACUCUUGCUGCAUUAGGAGAAUUUUACCUUGUUGAUACUUUGAUGAAAUACAAUGUAGAUAUCAAUGUCCCUAAUCAGGAGGGACUCACAGCACUUCACAAAGCAAUACUUGGCAAAAAGAAUGCCAUUUGUAAUUAUCUAUUGAGAAAUUCAGUCAGAAUGUUGUUAAAAUGUAUCAUUUUGAUGACAUUCUAUUAGAAUAUUUACAAUUAUAUUCAUUUUGAGAAAUUCAGCCAGAAUGUUGUUAAAACGUAUCAUUUUGAGAAUGUUAUUCUUAAGAAUUAUAUUCAUUUUGAUGAAAUUCUCUUAGAAUAUUUACAAUUAUAUUAAAAUGUAUCAGUAUGUAAGAUUAUUUAUGAAUUUGUAUUUAAGUUCGGA